AUGGCUGACGCAGGACGAGGACGCGGUGGUUUCGGACGAGGGCGUGGUGACAGAGGGCGUGGGCGCAGGGGUCCCCGUCGAGGUGGUCGCAAGGACGAGGAGAAGGAAUGGGUCCCGGUCACCAAGCUUGGCCGUUUGGUGAAGGACGGAAAAAUCAGGUCGAUGGAGGAGAUCUAUCUUUUCUCUCUGCCCGUGAAGGAGUUCCAGAUUAUAGACUUCUUCCUUCCCAAGCUCAAGGACGAGGUUAUGAAGAUCAUGCCCGUGCAGAAGCAAACCCGCGCCGGUCAGCGCACGCGCUUCAAGGCUUUCGUCGCCAUCGGUGACGGCGAGGGUCACGUCGGCCUUGGUGUCAAGUGCGCAAAGGAAGUCGCUACCGCCAUCCGUGGUGCUAUCAUCCUUGCCAAACUCUCUGUCAUUCCCGUGCGGAGAGGUUAUUGGGGUGCCGCCCUUGGUGAACCUCACACUGUCCCUUCAAAAGUCAGCGGCAAGGUCGGAUCCGUUAUGUGCCGUCUCAUCCCCGCUCCCCGAGGAACUGGUAUCGUUGCUGCCCCCGCCUCGAAGAGACUGUUGCAGCUAGCUGGUGUUGAGGAUUGCUACACCCAAUCCAAGGGUUCGACAGCGACGAUGGGUAACUUCUUGAAGGCGACCUUCGCAGCUAUCACCAAAACUUACGCCUUCUUGACCCCCGACUUAUGGCGCGAAAUUCCUGUAUCAAAAUUCCCUUACGACGAGCACAGUGCUCACCUCCAGCUUGCUGGUGGCAAGAAGUACUAG